AUGCAAAUAAUAGUAUUAGCAACAUUGUGUUAUAAAAUACCUUGUUAUUAUAUUUGUGAUAAAAGAUUUGUUUAUCAAGAAAGAAUCGACCAAAUAGAACAUUACUUUGCUCAACUCCUUGAUUUUAAUCCAGUUGGUGUAAACUCAUUUUUACAAAUACAUAAAAUUCAAUCAUUUGAUGAUUUUGAACAAACACUUUGUUCAUUAAAAGAAACUAAUGAAAGUGGAUUAGUUAUUAUUGAUUGUUUUGGAACUAUUUUAAAAACUUCUUUUGAAGAAAAUUAUAAUGAACGAAGUGUUGGAAUUAGUAGAACAGCAACAAUACUCAAUGAACUUAAUGUCCAAGGGUUUGUUGUUAUUACUACUAAUGAAGUUGUAGAUAAAAUAGAACUAACAGAACCGAUACCAUUUGAAUUUCUUGAAUUGUAUAGUGAUUUAAAAACACUUCAAAUUAGUACUGGACUUGAUAUAAAUUGUGAUGGAAGGGUAAUGACAAGUUCAAGUGGAAUUCAAUGGGCAUAUUUUGUUACACAUCGACUUUUUGUUUAUAAGACAGAAGAGAGUCUAUUUUCUGCAUGGGACACAUUGAGCGAAACGACACAACAAGAAUUAGAUGAGAUUGAUGAUGAAAUGAGAUCUAAUAUUAAAAUUAGAAAAUGUGUUAUUAAUAAAUCAAAUGAGAAAGAGAAAGGAAUUUGUCUUGAAUAUUGUAUACUUCCUUCUCAUGUUUGUGGAAUUGAAAGAAGACAACCAAAUUAA